UGGUGACGAAUAAAUCACGCGACGACACAGCUCCAUGCUCGACAGCGGACGUGGCCCUGCGUACUACACAGCAAACACUCAUGCAGCACUGCCUCAACUUGACCAUUGCCCGAUACAGCAGGCUUUUCGUGAAGAAUAAAUUACCAUUUGUUCACCAGUCAGCAGCCAUGUCAGGUCUUCUUAUUAGCCAACCCAAAUACGCUUGGCUGAAGGAGCUGGGUCUCUCUGAGGACAACCCCGGUGUUUACAAUGGCAGCUGGGGAGGCAGUGGUGAGGUUAUCACCUCCUACUGCCCCGCCAACAACCAGCCAAUUGCCAGAGUAACCCAAGCUACAAUGGGGGAGUAUGAAGAAACUGUCCAGAAGUCAAGGGAAGCCUGGAAGUUGUGGGCUGAUAUUCCUGCUCCAAAAAGAGGGGAGAUCGUCAGGCAGAUUGGAGAUGGGCUGAGAAAGAAAAUCAAGGUUCUCGGGAGCUUAGUAUCUCUAGAAAUGGGAAAGAUCUAUGUUGAAGGGGUGGGAGAAGUUCAGGAAUAUGUCGACGUGUGUGAUUACGCUGUUGGUCUGUCGAGAAUGAUUGGUGGGCCCGUCCUGCCAUCAGAAAGACCAGGCCAUGCCCUGAUCGAACAGUGGAACCCAGUUGGUCUCGUUGGUAUCAUCACUGCCUUCAACUUUCCUGUGGCUGUCUAUGGCUGGAACAACGCCCUUGCGCUUACGUGUGGCAAUGUUUGCCUGUGGAAAGGAGCGCCAUCCACACCUCUUACAAGCGUGGCUGUAACAAAGAUCGUAGCUGAGGUGCUGGAGCAGAACAACCUCCCAGGUGCCAUCUGCUCCAUGACCUGCGGAGGGGCUGAUAUUGGCACAGCCAUGGCCGAAGACGAGCGUGUGGAUCUGUUGUCUUUCACUGGUAGCACGCACGUUGGUAAGAUGGUGGGCAUGAUGGUCCAAGAACGGUUCGGCCGCAAGCUGCUGGAGCUCGGCGGGAACAACGCCAUCAUUGUGUUUGAGGACGCCGAUCUUAAUCUGGUGGUCCCCUCUGCGGUAUUCGCUUCUGUUGGAACCGCUGGCCAACGCUGCACUACCACGAGAAGGUUAAUGCUGCACGAGAGCGUCCAUGACACAGUGAUUGAGAGGAUCACCAAAGCCUACAAGCAAGUUCGCAUUGGAGAUCCGUGGGAUCCCGCCACCCUCUAUGGGCCUCUGCACACCAAACAAGCGGUGGAGCAGUAUCUGUCGGCAAUCGAGAAGGCCAAGCAGCAAGGCGGCACAAUCGUCUGCGGGGGGAAAGUGAUGGACCGUCCUGGAAACUAUGUGGAGCCCACCAUCGUCACCGGACUGGCUCAUGACGCUCCGAUCGUCCACACCGAAACAUUUGUCCCCAUUCUGUACGUGCUCAAGUUCAAAACCGAGGAGGAGGCAUUUGCGUGGAACAACGAGGUGAAGCAGGGCCUGUCCAGCAGCAUCUUUACCAAAGAUCUCGGGCGGAUUUUCCGCUGGCUCGGCCCGAAAGGGUCCGACUGUGGCAUCGUGAAUGUCAACAUUCCAACGAGCGGUGCUGAAAUCGGAGGCGCCUUCGGUGGAGAGAAACACACAGGAGGAGGCAGAGAGUCCGGAAGCGACUCCUGGAAGCAGUACAUGAGGCGCUCAACCUGCACCAUCAACUACAGCAAGGAUCUUCCUCUUGCACAAGGAAUCAAGUUUGAGUGACAGCUAUUCAGGAACCGGGGCAGCAAUGACUAUCACGUCAUCAUCCCUUGAUAUUGCGUCUGUGAAUUAGAAAAGGUCAACUUUAUAAACACUUAUGGGAAAAAUAUGUUCAGAGAUUGCACAGAACGGGGUUAGAUAUGUAUCAGGAGUUCAAAGUUUAACACUUUCCAACCCUGAUGAAGGUGUUUAAUUAAUGAAGUUGAUUUAGCAGUUUUGUAGAAGCACUUGGAAAUCGAGUUGACUGUAUCAGAUACUUAAUUCUCUUAAAAUACAAAAAAAUUCAACCUCUUCUGGCAGAAACAAUGGAAUGGGUUAUGUUAUUAGUUUCUAUCGCAUAGAAAAUAAAAGUGUACAGUACAUGAG